AUGAUGGGCAACUCUCACCACAAGCAACUGAAGACUAAGAGGCAGAGCAGGAUGCACCCAGCAACAGCUGUCUCCAACUUGGGUCUGGAGAAUAAGAAAACUGCUACCCACCCCAAGUCGUCAUGGCAACAGCCAGUGAAUGUUUUCCUCUCCUCCAGCCGGCACCCAGGUGUGGAGGAGCUGCACCAGGAAGCUCAGCUUAAUCUCCAGAGCUUGCUGCAAGAAGAAUAUGAGGAACAGUACUCAGAGGCCAGGAUUUCUGGGCAGACCUUCCGUACUCUAGGCCCAGACGACCCCACGGAGCCCACUAUCAGCCCAAGGCCACAGUCUGCCAAGCGCCUGGAGUUUGUAUUGAUGCCCACAAGCCGAAGAGGGAAUGGAGACAAGAGCACCACUCAGGGUGUAAGGCCCCCUGAGUCCUCCCUGAGCCUGCCCGCCUCUCCAGACAAGCAAAACACCUGGAGCAGACCCUUCCCUCUGCCCAUCCUGGAGGAGAAGAGGUGGCACCCAUCGUGUUCCACCCAAGGCAGCAUCGUGCCCAUCAACGUCUCUGGACAGCAGUUUGACAAACACGCGAGUUUGCGACACUCCUUGUUUAACACAGAAACCGCAGUGAACCCCAAGUCCACCCUGAGGCGGCGACGGACCAUCGUUGGCUUCCCUCACCUCUCCUUGCGAGACCAAGGUCGGAGCAACGGGCAAGUACACUCUGCCACUCCAGAAGUGGCCAACGGAAGGGGGCUGGCUGGCCACGAAGCAUGUUCCCCAAAGCUGAUUUCCCCAGCCAUAAGAAAGAUGCCCAGUGACCUAGGAGAGUCUCGCCCAGCACUGAGUGGCCCAGCUUCACCCAGCAUGGAGGGCAUGGGGAUGGUGUAUAGCGUCCCCUCUUCCUGCAAUGGACCAAAGGAUUCAACAUUCUCUCCUCCGUGGAAAGGAAACUGCUUUAAUUACAUGAGCCUGACUAGUCCUGCCCCUGGAGAGAGCAGUCAGGUCAAAGAAAAUGGGAAAUACCCUUCUACGUGCAAUUCUCAGGGGUCUCUAAACCUCAGCCCUGGGAACUUAGAAGACACUGGCUCUGCUUUGGCUGCUCAGGAUGACCAGGCUCGCUGCCCUGAGGCCCCCAAUCCAAGAAGCCAAGAGCCAGAGAAAGACUACAAAGGGGGACCCCUUCCCAGCAGUAAACUGGCAGAAGGGGAGCCCUCAAGGCGAGAGUCAGACCCAAGUGCCUGUAGAUUCCGGGAGAGGUCACUGUCUGUGCCGACAGACUCAGGCUCUGUGUGCUCAGUGGAUGGGGGCUGUGGAGAGGACCAGCAGGGCAGUGAAACUGGCACCCUGGCCUACCCCAGUGCCAGCUCAGAAGGCAGUGCCAGUACGGACAAUGUCUCCUCUGUUGGAGCUGAGCCCAGACCAAGAAGGUCCAAGAGUAUCUCCCUCAAAAAGGCCAAAAAGAAGCCUUUGCCACCAAUGCGCAGCGUCUCCCUGGUCAAAGAUGAGGCUGGCCUCCAGCCAGAAGCUGGGCCCAGCUUGCCCAAGGACCAGAGGCCUAGAAGCCUUUGCCUGCCCCUUGAACACCAGGGCCACCCAGCUGUGCCUACUUUAAGGGAGACAGAAGGCACACACUUCUCCCACCACUGGUAUCUCACUGACUGGAAGUCUGGCGAUCCCUACCGGUCUCUGUCCAGCUCAAGCACUGCCACUGGGACCACGGUGAUUGAGUGUGUGCAAGUGAGGGGCAGCUCAGAGUCUCUGGCUUCCCCCUCCACCUCCAGGGCCACCACACCUUCCCAACUUUCCAUUGAGGCAGAGGCCCGGGAGGUGUCAUCCCCAGGGAGGCCAACAGGACUGAUGUCACCUUCCAGUGGGUACUCGAGUCAAUCUGAGACACCAACACCCACUGUUCCCACCACAUCCAUGAUACUAGGUCAUUUACCUCACACAAGUAACAGUGGCCGGGUACGGCCCAUAGUGCCAGAGAGGAAGUCAUCCUUGCCACCAACAUCACCAAUGGAGAAGAGCCCCAAGUCCCAACUGUCAUUUGACCUACCAUUGACCCCUCCAGCCCACCUGGAUACUUCGGGGAUAAAGAUCUCCCUCCGGGGCAAAGCCAAGGUGAGUCGGCAUCACUCGGACUCAACCUUUGGAGCAAAGUUAGCCCAGAAGACUAGUCCUAACCAACCGAUCAUGCCUGUGGUCACCCAGUCUGACCUGCGCUCUGUUCGACUUCGGUCAAUCAGCAAAUCAGAGCCAGAAGAUGAUAUUGAGAGCCCAGAUCCAGCUGAGGAGCCUGGGCUGGAAGUCUUCACCCUGCCAGAGAGAAAAGUAAAGCCUCCAGUGGCUGAGAAGCCUCCAGUGGCCAAAAGACCCCAGAACCUGCUUCCCAAGGAGCCUCUACCAACUUCCCCCACAUUGCUUCUGACUACUGAGAAUCCAACCAGCCAGGCCAGGCCCUCCCCUCAGGAUAUCUAUAUGGUCGUGCGGAAACCAAAGGCUCUCAGAACCCCAAAUGGCCAGAGCCCAGUGGCAGAGACCCUGGAAGAGGAGCGCCCUAAGAUGAGGUCCCUGCCAGAGAAAGGGGGUGAGGUGGAGAGGAGGAGAAGCAAGGUCCCCCCUCCAGUGCCGAAGAAGCCUAGCGUGCUGCACCUGCCACCACCGGGAGCCAAUGCAGGGGAGCCGAAGCUGGCUCCUAGUCCUAUCAUCACCCUGGAGGAAGAUGUCAACUCUCAGCCAAGCCCUGAUGGCUUCCAGUCCCCAAAUACCAAGGAGGAGCUCUUUAAGCCACCAGCUGACAGUGGAAUGGAGGCAAGCUUUUCUGGAAGUUUCAUGGAACAGAGCACUGAAGAAAAACAUUUUGCAAGUGACAAGACAGCAGAAUCCAUAGCAGAAGAUGAUGACGAUGUAUUUGUGACGUCGCGUACAACUGAAGACUUAUUUACAGUCAUACACAGGUCUAAAAGGAAGCUACUUGGCUGGAAGGAGCCUGGUGAGGCCUUUGCCAGCGGCAGAUUGAUAGCCAAGAACCCAGCUGGCUUGCCAAGCAGUGAGGCGGCUGCCACAGGCACUUGCAGCAGCAGUCCUAGAACCACCAGCAGAAAUGAAGACUUCAAGGCUCUGCUCCAAAAGAAAGGGAGUAAGAGUAGCCUGGGCUCUCGGCCAUCAGCAGCAGAGCUGCUCAAGACCACCAAUCCCCUGGCUCGCAGAGUUGUCACGGAGUUUGCUGGGGACCAAGACAGCACCAACGUGCCUGGUACCUAAGCACCUCCACGACGGCUUUGGGGAAGGGAAGCUGGGAAAGCCUUCUGAAAGGCAACCAUGAAAAAGAUCAAAAUGGUAGACAAUACAUUGAUGGUGACAUAACAUUAACUCGAAACCUGGACUAUCUCGACUCCAGGGGGACAUCUCCAGUCUUCUUCAUCUUGAGUUCAAACUAGCAAGAAUUUCAGUGAGCUUCCAACAUUUAAGCUUUGAUUCUUAUAGUUCUGUCACUAUUGGCCACUGAUGACCCCCUGGUGUUUCUGUCUUUUGACCAAG